CGCUACGUUCCUAGAGUGCGGGCGUCCGCUGAUGGCCUGGCAGGCAGAUGUCUAUGGGCACUCCCGCGAGAUCGCCUCGCUGCUGGCCCAGAUGGGCUUCGAUGGGCUCUUCAUAAACCCGAUCAGCUUCGACGAUGAGCUGGACAGAAUGAGGAGGAAAUCCAUGGAGUUCUUGUGGAGGGGAAGCGAUGAUUUAGGCGCGGAGACUGAUAUCUACACCCACAAGCUGUUCGACGGGUACUGGUCUCCGCCAGGGUUCUGCUUCGGGAGCUACUGCGAUGACCCCCUCCUCAUCACUUCGGACUCAGUCUUCAGAAACAUCGACGAGCGGGUCGACCUGUUCAUAAAGUCGAUCCUCCACCGCCAAGCUCCCUACUACUCCACCAGGAAUGUCAUGGUGAUGAUGGGUCAGAGGUUCGGCUACUAUGACGCCUCUAUAUGGUUCGCCAACGUGGAUAAAUUGAUCAACGAAGUGAACAAAAAGAGUUAUGAGACCGGAGCCAAUAUCAAUCUGUAUUAUUCAACGCCGGCGUGCUACCUGAAAGCGGUCUAUGACUCCAACCCGACUUUGGACACGAAACAGGAUGACUUCUUCCCUAUGGCCUACGACAAGUUCUCUCACGCCACCGGCCUGUAUACGUCGCGACCCACCAUAAAGUACAUGGCGAGAGAGGGACAUGUAUACCUGCAGAUGGCCAAGCAGCUUCAGGUCCUCGCCAGACUGUGGAACAACGACCAGCUCUUUGAAGAGUUUCAGUGGGUCAUGGGAGCCUUUCAAGACCACAACAUCAUCACGGGAGCCAUGCACGACUACGUAAAGGAAUAUUACACGGACAGAAUGUAUUCCGCCGUGCAGAGGUCCACGUUACUCCUGAAGCAGGCGUUCAACAAAUUGCGUAGGAGCUCACAAUCGAACAUUUACUACCGGUGCUCUUUCAACGAGUCGAGCUGCGCCAACACGGAGUCACCGCAGUUUUUCAUCGUGAUAUACAAUCCGCUGGCGUGGCCGGUGUCCCUUCCCGCGCGACUCCCCGUCGGGAACCACGUGUACCAAGUGUACGGACCAAAACUUGAGAAGAUUAACUCUUCUAUCGUGAGGAUCCCGGGCGCCAUCUUGGCCAUCCCGGAGCGAGCCGCCACAGCCGACCACGAGCUGGUCUUCAUGGCCGAGAACGUCCCACCACUGGGAUUCAGAUCUUACUACAUCGAGAGGUCUCGGACGAGAGACGUCAGAUCGACGAUCAUAAAAAAAAUCAAAAACAAAAACAAAAAGUAUCUAAUCAGACAAGUCAACCCCAAAAUGGCGGACGACAAUCUAAUUAAUGACGAAGAUUAUUAUUAUGACGACGUUACUAGCACAGCUAGAACUGCAAACAGAAUUGUUUACGGGGAUUUCGGACGUCAUAAAAAUUAUACAGACGGAUACGUUAUAACUCCGAGACCUAGAAAUAAAUCAUAUGAAUCGACCACCGGUCCAGAAAUUAUAGAUGAAACAACAGAGAUUAAAAUUACGACCAUAGACGACACUGACGAAGUGAAACAGGGUAAUCUGAGCGCAGAGACCACGGCACAGCCAUCGUCAGACGCAGUUCCAGAAUCUGAUCAAGAGCCCUCUGCAGUCGAGAAGGAUUCUGAUACCAGCACUGAUCCGAGGAGAUCCGAUAUGGAUAAUAAUGGAUAUGUCGUUUCGAAGGAUAUGUUUAUUUCUAAUAAGUACAUCCGUAUCAAUCUGGACUCCACGCGAAAAAUAACAAACCUGACUCUGUCGAACAAUGUGUUUCUAGCUUUGGACGUCCAGUUUUACUACUACGCGUCCGACAAACCGACGGAUACUGGCCGGACGGACAAAAAAAAUCCGGGCGUCUACCUCUUCCGGCCGGUCGAUUCAAAUCCCAUACCGAUCUUGGACUUCAUCGAGACAAUUGUCUACAAAACUCGUGUAGUAGAAGAGAUACACUGCGCUUAUUCAGAUUACGUCUCGUUCGUGGCGAGAUUGUACACAGACUUGCCUUAUAUUGAGGUGGAUUGGGUCGUGGGGCCAGUGCCGGUGGAGGACGGGUGGGGCAAGGAUGUGUUCUUGAGGUACACGACGGAUCUGGGUAACGACGGCGCGUUCUACACAGACGCAAAUGGCCGGCAGACCUUGAAGAGGCUCAGGAAUCUAAGGGCCACGUACGAGCCGGUCAAUAUGGACGCGAUACCCGGCAACCUCUACCCGGUAACGUCGAAAAUAUACAUAGAGGACGAGCAGAAGAACCUUAGAUUCUCGAUCUUCAAUGACAGAGCCCAAGGGGGGACGUCGCUGACGGAUGGAGAACUGGACCUUAUGAUCAUAAGACGGAUCCUCACUGACGAAACUGGAACGGAGAUGAAUCUGAACGAAACUGAAUACGACAGGGGCCUGAUUGUCAGAGGGAAGCAUAUACUAUACGCGACGAAGAUGAAUCACAAACCAAACAUGAUUUACGAGAAGAGAUUGGCGAAGGAGAUCAGCUUGGAGCCGAAGGUCCUAGUUUCUGAGUACGGUGGCUACGGGCCCUACCUAAAAUCGAAGUGGCUGGGGGAGACCAAUGAAUUUAGUGCGUUAAAGAAAAAACUGCCCUUAGGCAUACAUUUGUUGUCGAUCGAGCAGUGGAACGAAGCCACCGUUCUGAUAAGACUGGAGAAUUAUCUGGAAAAAUCCGACGCAAUCCGAAGCGGAAUCAAAAGGGUCUAUUUGAGAGACGUUUUCGUCAAUUUGAGGAUUAGAAGCAUAGCGGAAUGCGCGCUUGGAGGUAACGUGUGGCUCAAGGACUGGUCUCCGUUGAGGUGGAACAAGAAAACCGAAUUCAUGAGAAGUUUCAACGAAUACUACGGGCGUUCGAACACAAGUACUGUAUAUGCUGAUGAGCCAAGAAUGCUUAGCGAGGGUAGUCUGGAGAAAGGCCUGACGUUGCGGCCACAGCAAAUCAGAACCUUCGUGGUCUGGUUCGAUUACGUCGAUCUUAAACUGGGUAAUGUGUUGUGAAUGCAUUAACCCUUCGACUGGCGUGUAGGUCACCGGUGCCCUACGCGGCGCACUGAAGUAAUUAUGUCGAUUUCUAUAACUAAAGCUCUGGGAUUGCCUAACUUUGCCCUAUUUUGUUUGUUAAUAAACGUUUUAGUCUUCUAGAUCUCUUAGAAAUAGAUUUGCUCUUAGUAUGAUUCGGAUUCAUCUCUCCCAGACUAUUAAAUAUUCUAGCGCCUUAAUAAGAAGAUCCAAGACAAAAACUGUCACAAAAAUUUUUUAUCGCUUAGCUGAGUUGACGAGCUAACAGCCCACCUGGUGUUGAGUGGUUAUCAGAUCCCAUAGACAUCUACAACGUAAAUACGCCAUCCACCUAGAGAUAUAAGUUUUAAUGUCUCAUUAUAGUUACAACAGCCGCCCCACCCUUCAAACCGAAACGCAUUACUGCUUCAUGGUUGAAAUAGACGAGGCGGUGGUACCUACCCGCGCGGACUCACAAGAGAUCCUACCAACAGUAAAUAACCAGUACCUAUAUACCAGUUAAAGAGUUGAUCAGAAAAAAAUAUUAUUUCUUUGCAGUUAUUAAAUGACCAGUUUAAUUGAAUUGCUAUGAAAGCUAAUGAUCUUUCCAAAGAGCGUGCGAUAUCAGAGGAAGUGUGAAAGUAGCCCUGGUAAUCAACAAAUGAAAGAGCGGACGGUUAGCGUGGUAUGGACAUGUGAUGCGUAGGGAGAAGAUACAUGGGACUAGGAGAUGUACGGAAAUGGUAGUGCAAGGUAGAGGGGGUACAGGUCGAUCGAAGAAGAAAUGAAUGGUGUGUGAAUGACGAUAUGAGAGAGAGACGAGUGAGGGUUGAGAUGACGGCUGAUGGAAGAGAAAAAUUAGCUGUGCCAACGUCACCUAGUGGGAUAAGGUGGAGAAAGAGAAGAAAGCUCGUUCCAGAGACGAAUUGCUGAGAGAUUGACACUUGGAAGGUGUGACGCGAUUAAUGUUAGCUAGUAGCUUAUAGUUUAACCAGACUUGGACGUUCUUGAAGUUCAAGACCUAAGGAUUAAUUGUAAAGACGGCCGCCCCACCCUUCAAGUCGGAAAUCAUUACUGCUUCGUGGUGGAAACAGACAGGGCGGUGGUGCCCACCCGUGCUGGCUCUCAAGACAUCUUAGCACCGUAAUUACUUGGCAGGACGUAAUUAAUAAUUAUUUUCGUUAAUACCAUUGUCACGAUCAAAAAUAAAACAUUUUAUUUGAAACAAAAAGAAA